GAUGUCCGCGUCAAAAGUAAUCAUUACCAAGAAUAAUUAAACUGAGCAAUAAUUUAUAAUAUCGAACAUGACAUGACCGUUGUUCUAUUUAUUGUGACUAGUUUUAAAUAUUUAAUUAGUCAAAUUAUUUUGUAAAUAAAUUAAGAAUGGAUCUGAGCGUGCAGCGCGAAUUGAUCACCUCCGAUGACAGCGGAUUGCUCAAAGAGGAUAAAGCAUCAUGUGGUAAUAAUAAUAUUUUAAAAGAUGACACAAUUUCUAAUCUGGAAACAGAUUUCGAAGUCAGGCUGAAUGUAUCACCAGCCCUGAAUGGUAGUUUGAAUGGUCUGGACAAACUAGAUUUGAAGAAAGACUCCAAGGAUGAAGCGACAGACAAACCAGUUCAAAUAAAAUAUGUAGCCUACGAAUCCGAAUUGCAAAUGCCUGAUAUCAUGAGACUCAUACAAAAAGACUUAUCGGAGCCUUAUUCGAUAUACACAUAUAGAUAUUUUAUUCACAAUUGGCCCAAAUUAUGUUUCUUGGCGAUGCACAAUGAUUUAUGUGUAGGAGCUAUAGUAUGUAAAUUAGAUUAUCAUAGAAAAUUGACCAAAAGGGGGUACAUAGCGAUGUUGGCUGUAGAUGAAAAAUACAGGAAACAAAAAAUUGGAUCUAAGCUUGUGCGGCUUGCAAUACAAGGCAUGGUGAACGAUAAGGCUGAUGAAGUUGUUUUAGAAACCGAAAUCACAAAUCAGCCAGCACUGAGACUGUACGAAAAUUUAGGUUUUGUCAGAGACAAAAGAUUAUUCCGUUACUACCUCAAUGGUGUGGACGCAUUAAGAUUAAAAUUGUGGCUGAGAUGAGUCUCAUGAAUUCUUUAAUUAGUUAAUAAUAAAAUAAACAUUUUGUAUCACAACUGUUGUAUCACAUCAUCAUGAAAUCUUUGUAAAUAAUUUAACCACAUUUAAAAUUCAUUUGGACAGAUGUUAGCAUAAAAAGUGUGUCGUUUGUGCCAACUUUUAUGUUUGUCGUGAUAAGGCAUAUUGAAUAUAUAACUGUCUCAAUGUGAAAUAAAGUGAAAUAUGUACUUCUUCAUCACCCAAGCGGAAUUUUUUCUUAGUUUUUUUUAAAAAAACAAGUAUCACUUACAACCAAACAAAUCUCAUAUGAAUUAAUUUAUUGACUUGACAAGAAUUUUAUAAGGAGGCGGAUGUAUGCUGAAUUAAUCCCAGUUUUUUUUGUUUUGUAGUGAUUGUAGAAAUGAUUUAUUUAGUCAUUCGAGUAUGUGUAAAACAACCGGCUCUGUAAUGAGUUUGAAAUUAUAUAUUGUACAAA